AUGAAACGGUAUUUCCACAAUUGGCGAUGCCAAAUUGAUGAACAGGUUUGGCAGUCUCGGUGUUACACUCAGCAAGAGCAUAAGACUACAUUCACUUAUGGAGUCUCCAAAAGCCAGGUCAAAGCGAUCGCCAAUCUUUUGGAGGAAAAAGGGGAUGACAACGAAAUUCGUAUUUUGCUAUUGCAAAAUCUUGGUGAAAACGUGUCGCAGCUUUCCAAUUUUACCCCAUCCCACAUUAAGUUUUAUGAAACAGGACAUCUUAACCAUUUUGAUGUGAGCGUUACACAUUCUUUGGAGGGCCAAGAAGAAGAAGAUGAAUGA